UUAGCCUUGCACAGGUGAGAGUGAUUAGUCAAUCAAUGCAUACUCUAUAAACAGGUGUCAGAAGAAAUUCCUAAUCACUUUCUGAAGGUGAGCGUGUGGGCUGUAACUCAGUAGCCCAUGGAUUUGACUUGUUCUGUGAUUGCAAGUUAGUCUUUGACGUCCCUAAAGAAACGAGGCCAUUUAAUUUCAACCUUUGUGUUUAUGGCAUUGCGCAGAGAGGGAAGGUCCGGGGUUAUUGUUAAAGUACCUGGUCACUUUUGUACUGAUCAGUUAUGUGGAGACAUAUUUUAUUGAGGGAUAAAUAUUGUUCAUUCUCUUCCUCACCUGUCUUUCAGAUGCUUCACCUGACAAAAGGAUGUGUGGGGUGCUUGCUUUCCAGGCGAGCAGUUUUGGCACUGACCAACAGUGGUGCAAGGAUGUCAAGCCAUGACCACCACGAGGUCUCCAACAAAUUGGACAUGUCCCAGCCAAUUUACUCGGAUCGUCUGGACACCCCUCUGCCAGACAGACCAUGGAAGGAUGUCCUCGACUCUACGGAUAAGAGCCUGAAACAGAAAGAGAAGGGUCCCUGGACUGCGCUGUCCAAGGAGGAGAAAAUCGCCUUGUACAGGCUGAAGUUCAACCACACCUAUCCUGAGAUGAAGAGGCCGUCCCAUGAGUGGAAAACUGUGAUUGGUGGGAUGUUCAUAGUCUUUGGCAUCACUGGUCUGGUGGUCUUUUGGCAGUGCCACUAUGUGUACCCACCCCAACCUCAUACCUUUGGUGAGGAGUGGCAGGCUAAGCAGAUCCAGAGGAUGCUGGAUAUGCGGAUCAACCCAAUUGAGGGCCUUUCUGCCCAGUGGGACUACAAGAACAAACAAUGGAAGUAAAGGGAAUAGACCACUGCCUGAAGGAGGAAUGGUUCGACUUGACACCUUGAGCCUCUCUUCAGCCGCCAUAAUGGCAAUCCAUCCAUUCUCUUACGGUUUAAGUAAUAAAUUACUUAACUGGUUUCCUUCUCUCUCCAUCUGAAAAAAUAACAGUAUAUUACAGGCUGCUUGUCCUCAACCUAAUUUCUGCUUGAGUGUUCCUGUGGUCGUCUCUAGUUUGGCCGUAAGUGAAUGUCAGGACCAACAACAGUCUACAUUUGUUUGAUCCCCUUGCUGAAACGCUCUAGGAAUUUCUACUCAAACUGUUCAAAGUAUCACUGUGUACACAUCAAAUCCUUGUGCCUUUGUUUUCCUUUCCUAAUAUCGGUUAACAUUGCAAAGAAUGUUAGUUUUGUAGAAAUAAAAAUUCAGUGUUCUCCAU